AUGGCGGUUAUGGUUGCGCCUAGCAGGGUAGACUACAGUGUAACAAAAGGUGGUCUAAGGCUUUGGACUGUCCUGUUGGUGUUCGUUAUUCUUUGCUCCAGCUUUUACACCUUGUUUUCCACGAUGGAAUUAGCAGAAGUGGCAUUCGGUAUUGAUUUAAAAAUCGACGGUGAUGAGAACUUCGAUUAUGAUGGUGACAUUGAUAAUGAUGCAGAUGAGAUGGCGAUACAUAAUCGACGAGCCGAAAAAGAUACCACUCCAUCACGAGAGUACAUAUCACGAUCUAGAAUUUUUGAAGAAAAUCGAAAAGCUCAUAAACCAGUCCAAGAUGUCCCAGACUCAACUGACGAUGAUAAAUUAGACGAAGAAGAAGAAACCCGUCUGGCAGAUCUUCAAGCCAGAGCUGAACGAAAAAGCAAUAAACCACUGCAUGAAGCAGUUCAGAAUGUUAAUCGUGAUUACAGUGACAAUGCUACUGGCGAUAACGACGAUAGCGAUGACAAUGAUGUAUUUGAACGAACAUCAGAUAGGUAUGUGAAGGAGGAAGAUAAAACAAGCGACAAACAAGAUGAAGAACAGGACAUGCCAAAAGGAACCAAGGCCCGUCAUAAACGCAUCAAAAUUGUGGAUGAUGAAGAGGAGGAAGAAAGAAAGAUGACUGAGAAAGUGAAGAAAGAGAAGGAAAUGAAAGAAAGAGAGGAACUGAAAGAAGAAGGAACAGACGGGAGAGAAAUUCAAAUCAAAGAUAAUGUGGAACGUGAAGUAUGGAAAGUUGAAGAAGAAGAGAGCUUAGUGGAAACUGAAGAGGAAGAGAAUAAAGAUAAGUAUGAUGUCGAGAAGUUGGGACUUAAGUCAAGAAGAAAAAUUCCAUCUUCUAGUGUGGAAAAACUGAAGCGUGGAUGUAAGGGCAAAAAUUGUUUGCCUGAGUACGAUCGUCUGCCACGAAUGUCACUUUUAAAACAAAUACCUGUUUCUAUGUCAAGUCGUAACAAGCAACCAUCACCGGCUGGUUUCAAACUAACUAAAGAUGUUGAGGAAAAAGAAGAAAUGAAUGAUAUAGAUGAAGAAGAAAAAAAAGAAAUUGAUGAUGCAAGCAUUCAUGAUUUAGCUGCUGUUAAAAAAGAGAAGGUGAAUGACAGAACCGUUUACAAACGCCAUGCUAUAACAAAUCGCGAUGAUCACAAACAUCGAAUCCAGUUGGAUCGCGCAGAUUAUCUCGUUGAAAAGCAUGAUUACCAUUCCUCAAUCGUCAUUUUCGAGACUGUUUUACGGGCUAAUCCAGACAGUCCCCGAGCGCAUUUCGGUAUUGCUCGAGCGAAUGACAUCAGAAGCGAAAUUGAAUCAGAUCACACAUUCCUAGAUAUAGCAAUCAGCGAGUAUCAAAAAGUAUUAGACAUUGACAGUACACCGGAUGCACUGUUCAAUCAAGCGGCAUAUCGUUUAAUCGAUCGGGCCAGGUUUCGUGGUUUAUUGCAUCGUGUGUUACAAGCACAGCGUUCUCUGAUUGAUCGAUAUCCGGAUGAUUUACAACUGCACAAUAACCAAGGAUUAACGUUUCUAAUGAUGGGACGUGAAGAUGAUGCACGGAGAGUAUUUGAAAAUGUUUUGAAAAUCUCACCAACCAAUGGUAUUGCUCAGGCAUAUUUUGGGUAUAUUUUGAAAUUGAGCGGAGAUUUGGAGAAUGGAGUUCUAUACAUGCGCAAAGGUCUGCGUACUGUUCGUGAAGUAAUUGCUGAUCCGAGAUUUUAUUAUCAUUUCGGUGAAGCUCUGACGCGACUGGGUAAAAGACAAGAGGCUUAUCGAGUGUAUAGUAUUGGAGCAAAAGUCGGUCUUUUCCCUUCUCCAUAUCAGAGAUCUCUCUAUAACGUCGAAGGUUUAACUGCCCGUCCUUGGUGGUCUAUUGAACAAACUUUUUGUUCAAAACAUCUGAAGAAAAUCGAAAGACAGUGGACAGUGAUUAGGGAGGAAGCGGCGGCAAUAUUGAGCAGUCAGCCGUAUUUAUUCGAACCAGAACAUGAAGAGUUAACUAUAGAUGGACAAUGGUCAGCGUAUUCCUUGUAUAGCAGUAAUUCAUGGAAUUCAUCAAAUUGUUUAAAAGCGCCAAAAACAUGCAGUAUUAUGCGCAUGUUCAAGGAUUCAUCCGAUUGCUUAAAAAGCGAAGUAAAGUUUUCACUUCUAGCAAGUGGCACACGAGUGUGGCCACAUUGUGGGUUUUCCAAUUAUCGUCUGCAGGCACAUCUAGGUCUUAUAAUUUCGUCCGAAGCUAGAUUGCGUGUCGGACAGGAAGUGCGAGGUUGGAAAACGGGUCGUUUCCUUGUUUUCGAUGAUUCUUUUGAGCAGGAAUUAUGGUUCGAAGGUGCAUCUGCAAAUAAAUAUCGACUGAUACUCAGAGUGGAUCUGUGGCAUCCUGAAGUGGAUCCGGUUAGAAGGGUUGAAUUUAGAAGUGUUUGA